UUGAAACUUUUUACUCUUGAAGCUGAAUGGAUCAAUUCAGGCAGAUUGGUGAGGUAGUUGGGAGCUUAAAUGCUCUAAUGAUAUUGAAACAUGACAUUCAAAUAAACCAGAAGCAAUGUUGUCUUCUAUUUGACAUGUAUGUACAAGCCUUCGACACGAUUUCUGAGGGGUUCAAACAUAAUUUAAGGUUAAAUGAGAGGAAUACAAAGUGGAAAGCACUUGAACAUCCAAUGAGAGAGCUUCAUAGGAUCUUUAAAGAAGGUGAAAUGUACGUAAAAAGUUGUUUGGAUGUGAAAGAUUUGUGGGGCAAAGCUAUAAGUUUACAUCUCAAUAAGGAUUGUGUUGAGUUUCAUGUUCAUAAUUUGCUCUGUUGUUUCCCUGUUGUGAUUGAGGCUAUUGAGACAGUUGCAGAAAUCUCGGGAUUCGAUGAGGAAGAUAUGCAGAAGAGGAGGAGUGCACUCGCUAAAAAGUACGAGGGAGAAUCAAUGUGUGAUCCAAGAUUCUUUCAAUGGAUGUUUGGGAAACAAUACUUAGUCACUAGAGAUAUAUGUAGUGAAUUGGAGAGUUGUUGGAAAGAAGAUAGAUGGUAUCUUGUUGAAAUGAUAAGUCAAAAGAUGAAUGCUGCAGAAAAUUUGGCGACAAACGAGCAUAGGCUAGCUGAGAUAUUGCUUAAGAAACUAGAUGGAUCAAAAGAAAAGCAAAUAAUGCUCUUGCCUAGUUCAAUCUUGAUUGGAGCAAGUGAUUAUCGUGUGAAGAGACGUUUAGGCUCGCGAGGAGGACAUGUUAAGGAGAUUCAAUGGUUUGGAGAAACGUUUGCAUUGAAGAACUUUUUUGGUGAGCUAAUUGAACCACUAGUUGCUGAAAUUUCUUUAGUGUUUUCACUUUCACAUCCCAACAUUCUGCAAUAUCAUUGUGGUUUUUACGACGAAGAAAAGAAAGAAGGGUACCUUGUUAUGGAGCUAAUGAACAAAAGUUUAGAGACUUACAUAAAAGAGCAUUCUGGUCAGAGGAAGAAAGGACCGUUUACUGUCCAAGUUGCUGUCGAUAUUAUGCUUCAGAUUGCUCGAGGAAUGGAGUAUCUGCACUCAAGAAACAUCUAUCACGGAGAGUUGAAUCCAUCUAACGUGCUCCUUAAACCAAGAAAUUCCUCCGCGGAGAGUUAUUUUCAUGCAAAAGUUAAAGGAUUUGGUUUAACAUCUAUUAAGAGUAGUUAUAAGGCUGUUGAUGACAAUGCUGCUGAGUCUUUCAUAUGGUAUGCACCAGAAAUUCUCACUGAAAAGGAAAAACCAGAAAGCAAAUGCACUUACAAGUACACAGAGAAAGCUGAUGUUUAUAGUUAUGGAAUGAUAUGCUUUCAACUUUUAACAGGGAAAGCUCCGUUUGAUGAACAUCUUCAAGGGGAGAAAAUGGCGCAGAAUAUUAGAACAGGGGAGAGACCUCUCUUCCCGUAUCCUUCACCUAAAUAUCUCGUAAACUUGACAAGAAAAUGCUGGCAAACGAAUCCAAACCUUCGCCCAAGUUUCUCUUCUUUGUGCAGGAUUUUGCAUUAUAUCAAGAAAGUACUUGUCAUAAAUCCAGGACAUGGCCAACCCGAAUGUCCUCCUCCACUCGUAGACUAUUGUGAAAUCGAGGCUGGUUACUCAAAGAAAUUCCCGGGAGAGGAUAGCACUGGUUUGGCCCCGGUAUCACAAAUUCCUUUCCAGAUGUUUGCUUAUAGACUUGUUGAGAAAGAGAGAAUUUCUGGAAGUUCUAAAGACAAGCACUGGGAUUCAUCACAUUAUGGUUAUUCAGGCCACAGGACAGCAUCAAUGCAGAGCGACGAUGAGCAUAUGGAUGCAAUAGAUGAUCUCUUUUUCGCUCCAAGUGAUAGAAGGUCAGUUUGCUCAGAGAUAAUUGAGAGGAAAGAUUCAAGAUUCUGGGAUCAGAGAUCAGUCAUCUCCGAGACCCCACUUCGAAAAGUUUUCUCAUUCGAUCAAAUGUCAGUUAGUUCUGAGAGUCCAAAAGAGAAAUUUCCAGCAGCAGAAGCAGCAAAUGAAAAGACAAUUUAUGCUGAUAUUCCAGAAAGGAAAGCAAUACUAACACCAUCAGGCAAUCAGAGCUCACUGCGUGUUGAUACAACACAAGGGAAGACCAUUUCAUCAAUGAGAAAGAACCAAAAGCUGAAUCUAUUGGAAAUCCAGGAGAAUGUAAUGUCUACGAAAACGGAUGACAGAAAACCUUCAUCGAGUGAGCAGAAAAUAGUGUCUCCUGUGAUUUCAUUGAAGAAAACUUCAUCAGGUGAUGAUCAGAUCUUAACUUAUUCCGAGAUUCAAGAAAAGAAACAUGCACUAGAUGAUCAGAAACUAACAAGUUCUGCAAUUCCAGAGGAGAAAAACUCAUCUGAUAACCAAAAACUAAAAGAUUCUCAAAGUCCAGAACAGAAGCAUUCAUCAACAGCUGCCAAUGUCAAGUCCAUUCGUGGUGAUUCUACCCAAAGGAAAGAUCUUUCAAGAAGAACAAAACCCAAGAAUCCAGAGAAGAAAGUUCUAUUAAGUCCGGAAGCCAAUCAAAACUCAAUGUCAUCUGAGAUAACAGCAUCGAAACCAAGCAACUCAAAGGUAUCAGUAAAGAAAACGCCAUUUCACAAAAAACUACAGGACAAAGAGAGUAGCGCUACACCAGAGAAACUGACCGAUCCAUCGCCAAGAUCUUCACCAGCUAGAGUUAAGAGAAUACAGUCGUCAACUAUGUCUUCUCCAACACGAAGCCUAAAAGCUUCAUCUCCAAGAUCACCUGCGAUCACUACAUAUGGAAAUGGAUAUCAAUCCCCAAGUGCAUCACCAUUAAAUCCAUGUCCUCGCUAUGGCAGAGUAAAUCAAGAGCUCCACUUGUCCUCAGCUAUGAGCCCAAGUAGACCAAGGAAACCUCAUAGCAAUAGCAAUAGCCAAUGUGUGCACAAUAGUUAACAAAGUUCAUGUGGUUUUCAGUUUUCCAAUUUGACUGGAACAACUUUGCAGCUCAAAAUUUUUGAAGCAAAGGAUGGAUAAAAUUUGUAUAUUACACUUACACGUUACGCUUUUUUUACUUGUUGGAGGUAUGUACUCUCUGGAUUUCACAGGUUUUGAAUGCUGUUC